UCCAAUCGGGGGCCGCGGCAUACGUCACGCGCGCAAGGGAUCUUGGGUUCUGCGCCUGCGCCUGCGCCGUGGCGCUCUCUAUCCCAGUCCCACUCCGGCGAAGGGCUGCCGCGCUGGACUUACGGGUUUCAUCAUGGUUGUGGCUAUUCGACAAAUCGCUGUGUACCUCUUCCUGUGGGCCCUCUGUGUCCUGAGCAAACCCACUGAGAAGAAGGACCGUGUCCAUCAUGACCCACAGCUCAGUGACAAGGUCCACGAUGAUGCACAGAAUUUUGACUAUGACCAUGAUGCCUUUCUAGGGGCCGAGGAGGCCAAGACCUUUGACCAGUUGACACCAGAAGAGAGCAAGGAGAGGCUGGGAAUGAUUGUAAAUAAAAUAGACACGGAUAAGGAUGGGUUUGUGACCGAGGGGGAGCUGAAGGACUGGAUUAAGAAGGCACAGAAGAAGUACGUAUAUGACAAUGUAGAACACCAGUGGCAGGAGUAUGACAUGAAUCAAGAUGGCUUGAUCUCCUGGGAUGAGUACAGAAACGUGACCUAUGGCACUUACCUGGAUGACCCGGACCCAGAUGAUGGCUUUAAUUACAAACAGAUGAUGACGAGAGACGAGAGAAGGUUCAAAAUGGCUGAUAAGGAUGGUGAUCUGAUUGCUACCAAGGAUGAGUUCACGGCCUUCCUGCAUCCUGAAGAAUAUGACUAUAUGAAGGAUAUUGUGGUGCAGGAAACCAUGGAAGAUAUUGAUAAGAAUGGAGAUGGCUUCAUUGACUUGGAAGAAUACAUAGGUGAUAUGUAUAGCCAUGAUGGUGAUGCUGAAGAACCUGAGUGGGUGAAGACGGAGCGAGAACAAUUUGUAGAGUUCAGGGACAAGAACCGCGAUGGGAAAAUGGACAAAGAAGAGACCAAAGACUGGAUCCUCCCCUUAGACUAUGAUCAUGCUGAGGCAGAAGCACGGCACCUUGUGUAUGAGUCGGAUCAGAACAAGGACGGCAAACUCACCAAAGAAGAAAUUGUGGACAAGUACGAUUUGUUUGUGGGCAGCCAGGCAACGGACUUUGGCGAAGCAUUAGUACGACACGAUGAAUUCUAAACCACAGAACCCUCUUUCUUAAGAAAAAGGAAAAACAAAGUAAUUAUUUUUUACUGUUUCUGGAGUAACAUAAGACACUCUCACUACUACUACAAAGACUGGCAGUUUCAGGCAACUACAUGGGGAAACAACGACAAUAAUAAAUCUCUCCAGUCUUUGCUUCAUUUCUCCCAAAGAGAUGGGAGCUCAGUGUUCUAAAAAAACACCUUUCAGUUGCCACACUUUGGGGUGUUGUUUGUUUUUGCUUUAUAGAUUUGCAUGUUGUUUUAAUGUCUAACAAGUUCUGUUUAUUUUUUGUAUUACUUUUGUUCUGUGAGAGGAGGAAGAAUACCUUUCCUGAAACAUUAGCAGCACUGCCUUCCCCAUUGUGUGACCUUUCCAUUCUCCCUUUUAAAAACUCCCCUGUCUUGAGCUACAGAAUCUGGUCACCAAAUGCCAUUGAACAAAGAGGGCCCAGGAAAACAAAGAACAGAAGUAUGUUUGUAUUUGAGGUUUUGCCUUCUUCAGCAGCCCGGCCUUGUGCGCAUGCAGUUCCACUUCAGUUUGCUUCUGCUGUCCCUGACAGUCAGCACAGGGAUUUCCUCAGUAUUCCUCUUAACCACUUGAGUAGUCAGGAAUGCUUGGAUCAAGUCACAUAUUUGGCUUCCUUGAAUCACAGGAAAAGUGGGGUCUCUUCCCUUCAUAAGUGUUCAUUCCUGGGGCUUUUCCAGCUCUGGAAGUCAGCAGCCUUCACCCCUUCCCUUUUUCAGAGCAGGAACGGAGGUGAUUUAACCAGUGCUGCUGCGACACUUCUGUUUGAGGUAUUUCCCGAGAUUUGGUGUGUUAAGGGAAGACGGGCACCUCUACCCCUUUCUCCUCCAGACUGAGGUCUGCUGCUCAUAGUAUGUAGUUUGAAGUUGAGCAGGUUGGAUGAGACUUGCAAACAGCAAAUGCCCAACCCAGAGCUGAUCUCUUAAGGUAAAGAGGCAGUAGGCAAAUGCCGUUUGGAGGUAAAGACCUUAAGGAAAACAGUGGGGCAGUUAAAAGCUUCUGGAAAUUCUGCAGUUUUGAAGUGCCUUUAUUCUUGGGGGGCAGGGGAAGGAAUAAACCAGGUUUCCCCACUGAAGGGGGAAUUCACUGAAAAAUGAAUCCCUGAACGUCAUGUAGAGAGAGAUCCACUCUUCCCUUGUGUGUAUCUGGUUGAUGAAGCAGCAGCAGCAAUUCAGUAUUAAAUGCCUUUUCAAGCAGUAUUUGGGAUCUUCCAGUGGGCUUUUUAAGACUCCUGGCUGCUGUAUCAGGGAGGGCCUCACCCUUGUUUAAGGAGGCAGUUGGCACCCUCUUUUGCUCUUAGGAUGUAACUUGGGAAGUUCGGCUCAUCUUUCAGCGAUAUAAUUUGAGGGCAGAAUAACAUUGAUUGGUGUUACUUGCAUCCUUUUCUUCCUUUAGCACUAGUUUGCACAGACUGUGAGGUUACUCAUUCUUUGUCCUGGGUAAAGUCUGUGGAGAAGUUGAGUUGGCUAAAGCCAGGGGCUCUGUUGGCAGAUUUGGGGUUUUUUUUUUUUGGCCAGCCCACCUGCAGUUGGUCCCCAUAUAGAGGCUUAGAACAGUUAAAAUGUAAUUUGUGUUCCUGUUUUUGUGUCAGCAAGCGUGGCAUGGCUGAUCUCUUUAAGCUGCUGCUUCAGGUUAGCUCUUUGAAGACUAGCAGCCCGCAAACUGUUUGAACGAUCCGAGUUGCUGGGUAAGAUUUUUUUUUCUUUUGAAUAGUGGUGACUAGUUGAAUGCCUGAAGCACUGUCUCUUUCUGCUGAUUUCAUGUAACUGUGUUCAAAAAUUCAAACAAAACACACAUCCUGGUAUAGUGAACAAGAAAGUUACUUCUGUACCAAUGAGAGCAAAAGAUAAAUACCCUGGCCAGGAUUUUUUGAGGAUCUGUGUAUGCCAUUCAGCUGUUAUUGGUGCUGAACUUGGCUGCUGAUGUGAAACAGCAGAAAGUGUCUCUUCCAGUCAAUAAUAACGUCCAUGAUGUUGGAAAAGAGAGCCAAGAAGCUAGGUAGGUCGAGCCCUCCAGGAGGCAGGAAAAGUCAUGGAAGAGAACAGACGCUCUUGGCUUGCCUCACAUUAACACUAAUGGCAUGUCUGCACUGCAAAUUUCUUCCUAUCCUGCCAUCUUUCCAUGUUUAAGAGCACACCUAAAAGUACUGUAUCCACGUUGAGCCUGUGUUGGUCCCCUGCUACUCUCAACUGCAGAUCUGGAAACAUGGGGGCAUUCGUAACCCUGUGCCAGGCAGUCUCAUACAACACACACACACACAUUUGGUGCAGGUGCUUUCAGACCUUGAACCUCCAACUCUAUCUUGGGUUGCAUCUGCACUGCAGAAAUAAUCUAGUUUGACACCACUUGAACUGCCAUGGCUCAAUGCUAUGAAAUUCUGGGGAGGGUAGUUUAACACCAGAGCAAUGGCGUUCUCAGAAUUUCAUAGCAUUGAGCCGUGACAGUUCAAGUGGUGUCAAACUAGAUUAUUUCUGCAGUGUAGAUGCAGCCAAUGUGAGCCAAAGGUUUAAGACACUGUGUUGCAUGUGUGUGCAAAGAAAAACACUUAAAAAAAUAAAUACAAGACUUGUGGCUGCCUGUGGAGAGAUAAUUCUAGAUCGAGAAUUGGUGUCUUGAGUUCGAUAUUCUGGUGUGUUUUCCCUUUCACGGUUGUCUCAUUAUUAGAGCAGAUAUAAAGGCCGGUGGCGGAAGAAAUGGAUUCACCUCUCCCAAAACACUUCAUUGGCCGCCUUUUUUUGGAGGGAUUUUUUUGUAGAGUGUAAAUGGAGUUUUAUAUAAUGUACAACAUACAGAUAAGAAUGGUGUCUUAAUAAAACUGUUUACAUCCCUUA